UUCUUUUUAAUUCGUUUAAUUCAUUUAACCGCAGCGUCCGCCAGCCCAGCCAGCGUGUACGCAGCGUGUCCGCAGUAAGUCCGCAGCAAAAAUUUUAAAAAAAUUAUAAUAAAUCUAAAAUAAUAAUAAUAAAUAUUUUGAUAUUUCCUUUUUACAAAAAAAUUAAAAAUUAACAAAAUUAACUAUACAAUUAUACAAAAUACAUAUACAUAUAUAUAUAUAUAUUAAAUUUUACAGUAAAGCAAUUAGACGUAACCAGAGUAAAUGUUUAUUUGAGUAGGGUGGACACCCGGAACAUCUCAGUCCAAUAACUUAAUAUACUGCAAGAUAAUAAUAAUAAUAAUAUCCAAAUCGCCCAAGAUAGCUCUUCCGGAUUUUAUGGUGAUGGACCUUGUGAUACACCUUGUGUGGGUGGUGGACUUUGCGGUACACUCUCCUUGUGAUGCAUCUGCUUGUGAUGCAUCUGUUUGUGGCGGACCUGCUUGUGGGGCAUCUGCUUGUAGUGAACCUUGUGGUGGAACUUAUGGUGGACCUUGAAUUUUUCCCUGAUUGUUAAUGACACUACUUUGUAGCGAAGGUGGAAUACUGCUCAAAUUAUUACUUUGUAAUAUUUGAGGAGGAUAUGAUGAUGGUGAUGUUGUAGC